GUGAUAAGAAAUGGCACAUCACAAUAUCACAUCAUAAUAUCUUUGAUUAUUUAAUCUUUUAUUUGGCGGGUUUUUCCUUCUUCAUUUCCCGCUAAAAUUGGGAUAAUAGAAUUACUGACUCGCAGUUUAUAUGUUUCUCCGUAUCUUUCAGAAGCCUUGAUUUUUUUUCCUCCUGAAACUUUUGAAAUCCCUGCCCAGAUGGAUAAACACCAUGAACUACUGAAAGGUUCCGAACUUUAUGAUCUAAAGCCAGGAUACAAAGACGAUUUGAUCAGCAAUUUACCAGAUACAAUUCUCUGCCACAUUUUGUCAUUUCUGCCAACAAAAUAUGCUGUGGGCACCUCCAUCCUGUCAUCCAAGUGGAAGAAUCUGUUUGCCUUGAUCCCAAAUCUUAAUCUGGAAUUUGAUGAUUCCUUAGUUUCCCACCAUCCCAAUGGAGAACCUAAUCCUUUUGUAGAAGAAGAUGUGGCGGAUGAAGAUAGCUUUACAGAUUUUGUUGGUGGGGUUUUGAAGAGGUUGCUGCUAAAUGGGGCUAGUAUACAUGACUUCCAACUCAUAUGUCACAAAAAGUAUGAAGAUGAUUGCAUCGCUUCUUGGGUUCGCUCUGCUGUAAUGCUUAGCGUCCAAACUGUUUGUCUUAAAGCCUCAAUGGGAGAUUCUAGUAAGUUAUUUGCCAGUCUUAAUGGAUGCACUAGCUUGUCAGAGUUAUAUUUGGGUAGAGACUUCAUUCUCAAUGUUCCUGUUGUCAAGUUCCCCAAUUUGAAGCUGUUACUCCUUGACCAUGUUGAGAUUGCUGAUGAUAAAUCUGUGGAAUUGCUGUUUGAUGGAUGCCCUGUACUCGAUACAUUAGUGAUAAAUCGUUGUGACAUCUUUGUGGACAUCUUUUGUAUUUGUCUGCCUUCGCUGAGUAGUUUGACUCUCUGCGGUUGUUUCAUAAAAAGUGGUUGCACUAUGGUGAUUGACACGCCGAAGCUUAAUUCCUUGAACUACAUUUGCAUACUGGCUGAUAGUUACUCACUGAUGAGCAACUUUGAUGGUAUUAGUGAGUUGGCAUUACAUAUCUUACCCAUCAGCAAACUUUUAGAAGGCAAUGAUGAAGAAUUGGAGGAUCCCAUCUAUGAUUACACAAGGUUGUCUAAGCUAAUUAAUUCAUGCUCCGGAGUUGAGACUUUGAAUUUAGGAGAGUUUACUAUCGAUGCUCUUCAUUAUCUGUCAAUUCCACUACCUAAAUUUUUUAACUUAAAGAUCUUGAAACUUGGAGCUAUGGGGAUGGCUGGAUGGAAAAUAUUGGGAAGCUUCCUUGAUAACGCUCCAAAUCUUGAAACAUUAGCUCUUUUUGAGGUCUGUACAAUGUGAUUCAUAUAUUGAUAUCUUCUAUGCAAACAAAGCGAUUUAGCUAGUGAUGUGAUGGUGAAGGGAUUACAUGUCCUCAGUUAUGUUUUCUUUUUAGUCUUUUUCUAUUUUUUUGGUUUAAUGAGAACCUGAAUUUUCCUUCCUCAAUUAGGGCUUUAACGUGUAUGACGGAGGCUUUGCAAGUUUCUUAUCAUCACUCAAUGCUGUGCCGUAUUGUUUAUCCUCAAGCAUAAAGAAGAUUGAGAUUGGGGAAUUUAAAUGCCAGGAGGAUGAAGUUAAGCUGAUCGAAUAUUUCUUACAGAAGGGAGAAGUUCUACAGAAGUUGCUUUUCCACUGUGACUUAGACUGGGAAAAGGAUUUUGAUGUCCUUAAGAGAAUCGCAGUGGCGGAAUCCAGAUCCAAGACUUGCGAGGUUUUCCACCUCAGAAAAGCCUAGAUGGUACAUUUCUCUGAUACUAAUGCUAGGUACUACUUCGACUAAAUCAGGAACUGAACGUAGAUGCAAUAUGGAAACCGCAGGUUUGUUUUUUGUGUUUGGUACUCUUGUCUGUAAAAGUUAUUUUGGGGGAAUUUUGAGCUUUUGGUAAAACACCUGCUUAAGUGAAUGGUUGAGAAAGAAGAGGAGCGAAUGUUAUAUUGGGUUAUCACUGGUUGAAGAUUGUUUGCCUUCCUGCUUAAUUAUGGCUCAGACCUGGAAUUUCUCAGUCUUUUGUUUCUAUAAUUAUCUAUAGCGUCCCAUAACUGAAAUCAUUGGGAUAUGUAUUAUGUUUUUGUCUUAAUGUUGCAUUUCCAAUUUAAAACAAUUAAUCUAUAAGUUGGACAUAUUUUAAAAAAGAAAAUCAAAUCAAAGAGGACGAUGCUCUUUUGACGUCCCGUGCUCCUUGGGCAUGGAUGUAUUGUUACCGGUGCCUUCACAACCAUUUGAACUCCUUCGGCCAUCGGUGAUUCCAUCAUUAGCACUGACAAUGGAUAUCCCCUAAGGCCAUCAUCUCCCAAGUACGAAAUACUGUCAAAUGUAUCAAAUUAACGGCCUUGCAGAAUGCUAAGAUUUAAGGCUGAAAGAUAUGUCAAUUCCGUUAGGGUUUGAGGAAUCUCCUCCCAUAAUGAUCUUAGAGAAGCCAGUUUUAGGAAAGGUUGUGGGGUUUUGGCCUUCAAAUUUAUUAUGGGAAAGGUUCGAGCCUUGAAGAAGAUUUCCAAUGACUUUGGGAAAUGACCCCUUGAAAUUUUUGGCUAGAGGAUCUAUGGUUGAGAAGAUGGAAAGAACAUUCACUAACAUCAAUCUAUAGUCAUUUUGUCAUCACCAUAGCAGAAUCUUGACGGUAAACUAAUAAAAUAAAUCAUCAAAUACUGAUGAUUUACUAAGGACCUGAUUAGGAUCUUCAUAGCUUUAAGUUGAAUGGAAAAUUCUUUCUGGUGGCAGGAUGCUGUGUUAUUCUGUUUAUUAGCAAGGAGGAAGCAAUGAAGCAUUACUUUUGCUCAUCACCGCCACAUGAUCCCCAGCAACUCUGGAAAAUAUAAGGGCAUCUUCAUCUGGGAAAAGAAGUGGUACUCCACAUUUUCAACAAGCAGCAAUUAAGUAUGUCAAAACAACUCACCAUUGUUGAACAAAUGAAGAUUUGAAACUAAUAAAGGAGAAGAUGGAUCAUAUUGCUAACUUUCUGCCACACGUUAAGGUAAAUACAGAAUAAGAUAUGCGUGCAAUGAAACUAGAUCCUGUUCAGGCUUGGAGUCCUGAUUUGACAACUAUACAACUAAGUAGCAUCCGCAUCCCUUUGAAUAGCGUAGCAGCAAGCAGCAAAUGUAGGUACUAAGAAAUGCAAUUCAGAUAUGAUGACAAAAUUCCAAAGCAGGAUCAAGAAGAAACAGGAAAGCAUUCACCUGUGUAUUGUAGCAAGAUAGUGAUUUGAUAUAACACACAGAUAGAAAGAGAGGAAACAUCUUUAGAAAAGCUACAUUCACAGGACCAGCCUACAAUUCUGAGAACUGCAUUUGAAUAAACGGAUCUAAACAUAUACGUGCAAAAAGUCUUGCAAACUAUAUACCAUACAUCAGACAUCUGAACAUAAUAUGAUCAACUUCUUUCUGUUCUGUAAUAUAUUACCUGUGACGCUCGGAUGCUAUUGCACGGUAACCAAAAUUUACACUUAAGUAGACCGAGUAAAAUGUAGGCAUGCACACGAACAAACAGCAAUUAUCACCAGUAAGGUUUCAGAUAAGCAAAAGAUCCAAUUAUCAACAGGAAGGUUUCAGAUUAGGAAAAGAUCUAAUUAUAAAAUUGUUCCCUGCUUCAGGUGCAAUCUCUACAGCAUUUAUGAUAAUCUGCUAUACAUAGUACCGGUGAUCAUGCUUAAAGUUUUUCUUCGUCAAAAUUAAAUAUGUUAGAUAUAAUUGUAGAUUAAAGUGUCCAAGUCUUGAGUUCUCAAUUUCUCAUCAUCAUCUUUCAGUUUGUAACAAUUACAGAAUGACGCAAACCCAACUUCAAUAGCUUCCUUGCAUCUGAAAAUUAAGCACACCGGUCAACCAUUUCAUAUAAUCACCCAAUAUGUUCAGUGUUAAUCGUCAGCUACAGAAGAUUUCAAUAAAAGAUACUAUAGAAGAUUUCUAAGUUCGAAAAGCCAUGGGAUUCUAAAUCUAGAAAUAUAUCAUCCUAUGUCAUCCAUUCAUAAAGAUGCUACUUAGCUACUAAGAUUAACCUCCCAAUAUAAGAGCUCAAUCCCCAGUCACCACAGCCUUUGAUACAACACGCAAAAAGCUCAUCAAAUUAUCAGAUCAACAAAAAUCUACAUAGAAGUCAAGACUGUCUACCAAUUCACUUUUCUCAACAGCUACUACCUCUGGCUGUCUCUCAAAUGGUUCACUAAUAGCAAUAUUCUAGUCUUUGUGGCUAAAGUUAAGGCACUCUAGCCACUGCUGCAUUACUUAAAUAUACAAACACCACUUCAUAAACCUCAACACGUGAAUAUAUAUCUCCCUGCCUGAGAUCAUUCAAGGCUACUACUUGAUAAGAGCUGUUAAGCAUGUUCAUGAAUUCGACACAUACAACCAAGCUCAAAUGAACUGCUUCUUAUGUAUCAAACAUGGCUGAGAAUCAGCUAUUUCUCAUCAGACAAACUAUGACUGUAAGUACUUUGUAAUAGUGUCUAAGUUCUAAAAUAAAAAUGAUGACCUCCCACGUGCAAUAAGAGAACUAAUACUCCCUCCGUACUGUAAAAUAGCCACCUUAAAAAAUUUUCACACCUUUCUCGCUGUCUUUAUGUAAUAAAGACUGUAAUUGGUACCAGGAUUGGCUUAGUUAGUUUUUGGUCAGCUAUGAUGAACGGGAAAAACACUAGAUACUACACUUGAUCUUAGCCAAAAGGCUGAAAAAGGUAAAAUCAAAGCAACAAAAAAGCCAAACAAUUGCAACUUAUCCAAAACUGCUCAAAGACACGUAUAAUGCAAAAGAAGAGUGUUGAACAGCACUCAUCCAAAUGCCUUCUAAUUACACGGAACAAACAACAAAUAAUUGCAACUUACACAAAACUGCUCACAGCCAAAGUCUAAUUCAAAAAAAGAGUAUUAAACAGAGUUCCACAAGCCUUUCUAAUGAUACACUAGUCGGUUCAUUGUGUUAUGAAGCCAGUGAAGCCAAAAACAUGCAUAAACUUCCCCAUAGAAGGACCAAAGCAAAUGAGCAAAGUGCAGUUUACAAUAAGAUAGGACUACCAAAAGAUAUGACUACAGAAGAAAUUUUAACCAUCCUAACACACACCAACAAGGUUUUUCGUGUUUUCACAUAUACAUUUGAUUUCCUUACGGAAAAUCCAAAAGCAAGGAGAAUCAAUAACCUCUCUUGCUAAAUCAUGUAGUUCAAGCGUCCAAGUUCUCCAUCUGAAUGCUGCUUUUAAGAGGCACAUACUCACCAAGAUAGCCACCAAGAUGAUCGUACAAGGCACCCUUAUCAAUUCCUUGAUGAUGAAAGCUCUUGCACACAUAGUAAAACACACUUUGAACCAAUAGCCCAACAAGAUUCACAAUCACCAGUACCCCGACCAAGAAUCCACCAACCAGGAUUCUUGAUAGCACACCGUAAUCCCCUCCAUGAACCACAAUUGUAGAGAAAAGGCCACUAAUCACCCCGCAAAUCGCCAAAUACCCAAAAACAAGCCCAAAAGCCAUCUGGGUUCGACCCUUAAGCAGCUCAUAACUCUUCUUCAUAGCUGCAAGGCCAUAAACCGGCUCAAGCACCGACACCACACUAGCCAAAUGCCACAAAGCGCUAAUAUAAACAUGAACCACAAGAAACAGCACAAACACCACCACCACAGAAAACAGAAACAAAAUCACAUUCUGGGUAUCCACAGCUAUAAUCAGAAGCAUGAGAAAAACAAUAAAUACGAUGUUAUAAAUCACCAUAGUGAGCGAAACCCAUAAGAACGUAAUGAAAAGCCUCUUGAAAACAGACGGGAUUGCCGACAUCGUGGCGGAAAAAGACACGGGCUUGGAGGUAUAAAGCGAGGCGACAGUGAAGACGACAGCAGCAGUGGAAAGAAGGGAAAAAGCAAAAAGGAAAAUAAGGUAGAAGAACUGGAAAGUUAAGAGCUUGGUCCAAUCUGAAGUGUGGCCAGUUGGGUCAGCUUGGAGCUGAGCAAGGAUUGGGUGAGUGAACAGUGAGUGGGCUAAGAUCGCAAAAGAAAGUGGGAAGAUUAAGCAUAGUGUGAUUAGGUAAAAGGUUUUGGGAGAUUGUUUUGGGAUGGAGACUGAUUCUCGAAGAAUAUUGGGUAUGGUUAAGAAUUGAAGCUCCUCCAGAGACAGAUCCAUGGAUUCUUCUUGGGAUUAUUCAGCAACAAACUUGUGGGUUUUGGAACACUUCAAAUCGAGGAGGAAAAAUGAAGAAAAGGAAGCAGAGUUGAAUUGUUUCUCAGUUUUUGGGGGAAAAGAUUGAGGAAGAGUAGUGUUUAAGAAAAUUGUAAAAAAGGGCCAAGAUUCUUCUAGCUCAGAUUGCUGUCAUCACCGCCAAUGGCAUCUAACAAGAACUGACUCUUCCAUCUGCCUUUCUUCCUUCCUUCCCCAGAAACUCGUCUUCUGCUUUGGGCUAUUUUGACCAGAAUUUUUAUGGUUUUGACUGAAAGUUUAAUAUUGAAAAACGGGCUGAAAUACAACAGAAUUGUUUUAAACUUCGAAAUACAAAGAGGCCCAAAUUACCGCUGAACCUUC